GCCACGUUGGAGCUGAAAAAAGAACUAAAUCCCUUGGGCCAAAUUCAUUCCCGGAGUUGCUUGAUUGAACGCAGUGCAUUUACACUAAGCACAGAUUUGGCUCAUACCUGACUUUGUCAGCAUUCACUGUGCUGUAACUAAGUAACAAGAACACUGUCAUUAGGGGACAGAUGAAUAGCUUUCUCUAAGGUUAUUAGAGCACUGAGCACCUUUAAGGAGUGCAGAAAUCUGUGAAAGGAGGAGUUGGGGAAAAGGACACUGCUCCUUUUAGAGUCUGUGUAACAGAACUGAUAAGCUAUUCCUGUGAUGUGAUCGAAUGUGACAAUACUGCAGGCUCUUGGACUCUUAUUUUAUAAAAUCCACAUCAGAGCAGCACAGGAAAAGAUCGGAGGGAGCAGCUUCUGCUGUACUGAGAAAGAUGCUGGAGAGCUCUUCAGUCCUUUUGUUCAUUGUCUUCGUCCUGCUUUUCAUUUUGCUGCUCUUUGUGGUGCUCAUCAGGAAAAAUGGCGCUGCUGCCCUUAUCUGGAAUGAAAUAAUCCGGGAAAAAAUAACCAAUUUCAUCAUGAAUCAGAGCAAAGAACAGAGGAUUUUAAAUUUCGUGCUGCAGAAUGCAGUCCGAGGAGACCCCUGUAGUGUGCUGGACACUAUAGAUAAGUACUGCUCCCAGAAAGAGUGGGCCAUGAAUGUGGGCGAUGAGAAAGGUUUAAUUCUAGACAAGACAGUAGAAGAGGUCAAUCCAUCAGUUGCACUGGAGCUGGGAACAUACUGUGGCUACUCAGCAGUUAGGAUUGCUCGGCUACUGAAGGCAGGAGCUCAUCUUCUCACUGUGGAGUUCAACCCAGAAUUUGCUGCUAUAGCUAAACAGAUGAUUCAGUUUGCUGGAGUACAAGAUAAGGUAAAACUCCUAGAAGGCCCUUCAGAGGAAAUUAUCCCCCAGCUGAAGAAAAAAUAUGAAGUGGAUACUCUGGAUUUUGUCUUCCUGGACCACUGGAAAGACAGAUACACACCAGACACCAUCUUGCUUCAGGAAUGCAACUUGCUGAGGAAGGGCUCGGUUCUUCUGGCUGACAAUAUCAUCGUCCCAGGAGCUCCAGAAUUCCUUAACUAUAUCCGCAACAACCCCCGUUUCCAAUGUACUAACUACCCAUCUCAUCUGGAAUAUAUGAAAGUGGAGGAUGCUAUGGAAAAGGCUGUGUUUUUGGGAUAGAGAGCGCCAUUAAUACUCAACGUUUGUUUCAAAUGACAUAAAUGCAACUGCACAGGUUAACUUGUCCAUGCU